UCUCCAUACCCAAAAUAAAAAAUCUUUUUAUCUCUUUAAAAACUAUAUAUAUAUAUAUAUGUUCUUCAGCUACAGAAUCUUCACUUUCAAUCCCUUCUUCAAGCAGCUUGCUCUUAUUGUUAACCAACUCACAAUAAGAUUAAAUAUUUUUGGAGCCUCAUCUAACAGUUUGAAAGACAAUGCUUGAAAAAGAAUUCUUCACGGAGUAUGGAGAAGCAAGCCAGUACGAGAUACAGGAGGUAAUAGGAAAAGGGAGUUAUGGAGUGGUAGCAUCUGCAAUUGAUACACAUACUGGUGAAAAAGUUGCUAUUAAGAAAAUGACUAAUAUUUUUGAACAUGUUUCUGAUGCAACUCGUAUUCUUCGAGAAAUUAAGCUUCUUCGGCUUCUUAAGCACCCAGAUAUCGUUGAAAUCAAGCAUAUAAUGCUUCCUCCCUCGCCGAGAGAGUUUAAGGAUAUUUACGUUGUGUUUGAGUUGAUGGAAUCUGAUCUUCAUCAAGUUAUUAAGUUGAAUGAUGAUUUGACUCCUGACCAUCAUCAGUUUUUCUUGUAUCAGCUUCUUCGUGCACUUAAGUAUAUUCACUCUGCUCAUGUAUUUCAUAGAGAUCUGAAGCCAAAAAAUAUUCUAGCAAAUGCAGACUGCAAGCUAAAGCUUUGUGAUUUUGGGCUUGCUCGUGUUUCAUUUACUAAUGCUCCUUCUGCGAUUUUUUGGACAGAUUAUGUCGCAACUCGGUGGUACCGUGCUCCUGAGCUUUGUGGUUCUUUUUCCUCUAAGUAUACGCCUGCUAUUGAUAUCUGGAGCAUUGGGUGUAUAUUCUCCGAGUUGCUAACUGGGAAACCCUUGUUUCCUGGAAAAAAUGUGGUUCAUGAAUUGGACAUUAUAACUGAUGUGCUUGGCACUCCUUCAGAAGAAGCCAUUGCACGGAUUGGGAAUGAAAAGGCUAGAAAAUAUGUGAAUAGCAUGAGGAAGAAGCUGCCAGUUCCUUUGUGCAAAAAAAUUCCGAAUGCAGAUCCAAAGGCUCUGCGGUUACUUGAACGUUUGCUGGCAUUUGAUCCUAAAGAUCGACCAUCUGCUGAAGAGGCACUGGCAGAUCCAUAUUUUGAAGGUCUGGCAAAUUUGGAGAAUGAACCAUCAAGACAGCCCAUUUCAAAACUUGAGUUUGACUUUGAAAGGAAGAAACUGACAAAAGAUGACGUACGAGACCUAAUUUACAGAGAGAUUUUGGAGUACCAUCCAGAGAUGCUGAAAGAGUACCUUCAGGGAACAGAUCAGUCUCACUUUGUGUAUCCAAGUGGAGUUGAUCGCUUCAGGGAACAAUUUGCACAUCUCGAAGAAGGAAAUGGAGGAAGUGAAAGAAUCAGCCCUCUUCAUAGGAAGCACGCCACCUCCUUGCCAAGAGAGCGUGUUUGCACAAGUGAUGAAGACGAUAUUGUUGUAAAGCGUGGUUCAUCUUCUGUUACUCGUCCAUCUGUACAGAGUCCUCCACAGUCGGAAGCAACUGAUGAGUUGAAAUCGACGGAAGAGCUGCAAUCAACUGAAGUGCUGGAAUCUGCAAACAGAAAUGCAGUAGCAAUGCAAGCUAGCUCUAAUAAACCGAAGUGUGGCACACGUAGCCUGAUGAAGAGCGACAGCAUGUGCGCUUCGAAGUGCGUUGGCUUGGUUGGAAAUGAUUGGGAAGUUCAUGCUGUAUGAUUUUUUUUGAUGAAUCAUGCUGUAUGAUUUAUGUUUGGAAUUUAUUUUCCUUACUUUUGAAACAUGAUCUCGAAACUAGGAUAGAUGGCCGUCGAUUAUUUCUAUUUGUAUGCUGUUGUUGUAAAACAUUUGUAUUGCUUGUAUUGAUUGAUGUAUUGAUGCAUAAUUGUGAAGUGCAAGCUUCAGAAAGUUCUUGAUUCA